AUUAUACUUCACAUAUUUUUCUUAUUAACUUUAAUAGUUUAUUAUGUAUGAAGUCAGUCAUAUAGUUAAACGAAUUAUUAAUAUCAUUUACUAAUAAUUUUUGUAGGAAAUUCUUUAUUAGGGAUCCUGUUCUUGUGAAGAAAACUACACGUUCUUUAUAAUUUAUUAUGCGUGGAACAAUUCAGUUAAUAUAUAAGUUGUCGUUUAGUAUAUUAUGGCCCUGUUGCUUGCACUUGAAUAUGAAUGGAAUAGCACGUAAGUAUUAAUCAAUGAUGGACAUUUCAACGCUAACUGCUCCCAUUUAGACAUGCCAUGUGACUCUGAGUGCACUAGUUUCGGCCCGCCGGAAUCAUAUGCGGACAAGUCGGUAGUUUUCAGGAGUGCUAAACCCCUUUUCCAUGAAGAAAAUGCGUUAAAAUACCACAUGAGCUGCCCUUUUUUUGGGACAGUUGUUGUCUUGGAGACGCCGCGAGAUCUCUCUGCCUCUUUGAUCUUCCUUCGGCACUCUGCUUCUAGUUCUAAUUAUCACAACACCCUUUCUUUGCUUUAUCAUGUCAACCCUCUCACUAUUGUCAGGAGCUCUAAGAAGGCUGGAAGGCAAGGUGGCUCUGAUCACAGGAGCUGCUAGCGGCAUCGGCGAGUGUGCUGCCAGACUUUUCUCCAAACACGGAGCUAAUCUGGUGAUUGCAGAUGUCCAGGACGAAUUAGGCCACUCAGUCUGCAGAGAACUGGAUUCUCCAUCGUCUGUCUCAUACAUUCACUGCAAUGUUACCAGAGAAGAAGAUGUAGAAAAUGCUGUGAAUACAGCAGUUUCCAAGUAUGGGAAAUUAGACAUCAUGUUCAAUAAUGCUGGUGUCGUUGGGAUAGCAAAACCAAACAUACUUGACAAUGACAAGGCCGAAUUUGAGAAGAUUAUUAGUGUCAAUUUAGUAGGUGCUUUCCUGGGUACUAAGCAUGCAGCUCGUGUAAUGAUCCCCAAUCGCAAAGGCAGCAUAAUAAAUACAGCUAGUGUAUGUUCAAUAAUUGGAGGGGUAGCAUCACAUGCUUACACAAGUUCCAAGCAUGGAGUUGUAGGACUGACGAGAAAUACAGCAGUGGAGUUAGGGCGACAUGGAAUUAGAGUAAACUGCGUGUCGCCAUACCUGGUUGCAACCCCACUUGCAAAAGAUUUCUUUAAGCUGGAUGAUGAUGGAGUCUAUCGUGUUUAUUCAGUCCUUAAGGAAGCAGUGCUCGGUCCAGAAGAUGUAGCUGAGGCAGCUCUUUACUUAGGAAGUGAUGAGUCUAAAUAUGUUAGUGGACAUAAUCUGGUGGUAGAUGGAGGGUUCACAAAAGUGAACCCAGGUUUCUGUAUGUUCCCACAAUCUAUUUGAUCUUCUUCCAUCUUUUUCUCACAAAAGAAAAUAAAAUUUCUAGUACUCAUAUCCAUAACA